GGAUCCCUGCGCGGGGUUGCUAAGGGUGAAAGUUUGCCGUGAGUUGGCUCACUUGGGGCCAGGGCGCGGGCGGCUCCGGGCCGGCGGGGCGACGACAGCGACAACGACAACGACACAAGCACCGGCAUCCGGACCCCCACCUCCGGGUGUUCCGCACCACAGCCCCUAGGCCUGCCCCGCGGAGGAGCCGCACCGCCAGGGAUAAAGCAACGGAGGGAACAGAGCAGAGAGCUGCACGCACCGUCCGGGCUCUGCCGGCAGCGCCCACGGCCCCCGACAGCCGCCGGCUCUGGAGCCAAGGACGAAGUCUCUUUGGAGCCAAAUCUUGUCUAUGCGUGUGUCAUUUUGUCUCUUUUAAUACGCUGCCCUGACUUGCUUGCUGCGAAGGGAGUAUGCAUCUGGAGAUCAAAGUUGCUCUUAACUUCAUCAUCUCAUACCUGUACAACAAGCUUCCUCGGAGGCGGGCAGAUUUGUUUGGUGAGGAGCUAGAGCGCCUGCUGAAGAAGAAAUAUGAAGGUCACUGGUACCCAGAAAAGCCUCUGAAGGGAUCUGGCUAUCGCUGUGUUCAUAUAGGGGAGACGGUAGAUCCGGUGGUGGAGCUGGCGGCCAAGCGGAGCGGGCUGGCCGUGGAGGAUGUGCGUGCCAACGUGCCGGAAGAGCUGAGCGUCUGGAUUGAUCCUUUUGAGGUUUCCUACCAAAUCGGUGAGAAGGGUUCUGUUAAGGUCCUCUACCUGGAUGACAGCGAGGGCUGCAGCGCCGCAGAGCUGGACAAAGAAAUCAAGAGCAGCUUCAACCCCGAUGCCCAGGUAUUUGUCCCCAUCGGCAGCCAGGACAACUCGCUGUCCAACUCUCCGUCCCCCUCCUUCGGCCAGUCGCCCAGCCCUACCUUCAUUCCUCGCUCUGCCCAGCCCAUCACGUUCACCACUGCCACCUUUGCUGCCACAAAAUUCGGCUCUACCAAGAUGAAGAAGGGCGGAGGAGCCGCGGGAGGGGGCGGCGGAGCAGGGGCUGGGCAGCAGCCAAGGAUGGUCAGGUCUCCCACCACCAACCUGCUGAAGCACAAGGGCCUCUCUCUGUCUAUGCACUCUCUGAACUUCGUCGGGAGCGCUGGAAGCCAAGCCCCGCAGUCGCAGCUUUCCCCCAACGCCAAGGAGUUCGUUUACAGCGGCGGGUCGCCGGGAGCCAGCAGCCUCUUCUUCGACGGCAUCGGCAGCGAGACCCAGGCCAGCAGCAUCCCGCCAGCAUCGCAGUUCAACGCCGGCACGGGUGGUACCUUUGAUAUGGCUCAGGUCUUCGGUGGCAGCACCAACAGCCUCUUUUUGGAGAAGUCUCCCUUCGUGGAAGGACUCAGCUACAACCUGAAUGCCAUGCAGUAUCCCAGCCAGUCGUUCCAGCCUGUCGUCCUGGCCAACUGAACAGGAGGAAGGAGAGUAUUUUGGGGUGGGGAGGGAGGGGGCGGGGGAACAAGAACAAAGCAAACAAAAAAGAGGGAGAGAAAAAUAGAAAUAUACAGAAAAUAUUCAAAUCUUAUAAAUACAGCUUCUUGGGAAAGAGAGAGCCCAGUGUUGUUGCGCUGUGCUGGCAACGCUCCUGAAGCACUGACUUGUUUUUUAACUCAGUCCCUGUGCUUUUUUCCUACUCACUUUUUUACUCCUUAAACGAGUCUUGGGAUUUUUUUCAGUUUGUGUUCCCCCUUCUCCCACUGCAGCCCAGGACUGGUGCAAAUAUAGGUCACGAUGCUCCCGAUUCCCUGCGCCCCCUCCCUCGCCAGCGCUGGACAUGCGGUCUUUCCACCUGUGUGUAGGGAUGUCUUCAUACCAACUCGCUGGAGGAGGGACAGGGAGAGGAUGAGUCAGUGUCUGUAGAGACAGAGACGCUCUUGUUGUGUGCUAGCCAGAGACAGGUGGGUGGGCUCGCUUGUUCUGUUACAGCUCUGCAUGUAGAUGGAGAGCAUCUACUGUGCCCGCGGGCACAGACCGUUGUGCUGUUGUUGCUCCAGGUUCUCCGUCCCCAGCUGGCGUUAGCUGUUCUGUCUCUGUGUGGAAAAGCAAAACUCUUCUUGACCCCCUCCCCGCACACCGCAGGGAGGGCAGAGCGCUACUGUGAAAUGGCUUCUUCCCGCUCCCUCCCUCAUCUGCGCUUCCAGCUGCGACUACAGGAGGGGCGGGUGCUUUGAACUUGUUGAUACUGGUUACCGUCCCCUUCUGCGCGUGGGCCUGGGACCUUCCCGUGCCCUCUCGGGACUGGCCAGUCAAUGCAGGUGACAGCCCCAUGUGUAGAAAUGCCACCCACCUGUCCCUGUGGCUGGGGGAGGUGGUGCUGAGCCAGGCGGCCCCCCUUCAAUGCUGUCCCUGCUUCCCAGAUGUUCUCCCCAGCAGCAGGGGCCAGCAUCCACCAGUGGUCAUCUGGGGCGGUUUCCUGGGUCUGAGAUCACGUUCCCUGCUGUGAAUUCAGCUUCUUGUCUCUGAGGGAAUUCCUUCCUUUUUAGUUAGCGAGGCAGCACUACUUUUGAGGAGGAGGAAGUGUGAUGUUGUCAAAGCUGUUCUCUUGAGCGGUAGCAUGAGGGUUUGUGCUUUCAGCCAGGUGUGCACCUGACUAAAUCUGCUGCCCUGGUCUUGUGGAGGAGGUGGCUGAUCUGGCACAGAAGGGAAGCCCUUUGUCUAAACUCAUAAUCCCAGCCAGAUCACGUCAGCACGGACGACUGCGAGCUCAGAGCAGAGCGGGCAUGGGCACUCCAAAGGCGAGCGGCCAUCCCAGCACGUCGGUGUCCGGUGCCUCCCUGCCACAGGUCUGGGGUCUGCAAACGUCCCUGCAGUUUUGGGACAAUGUGCUGUGAUCAGGCAGUAGUGGCUUCUCAGCCAGGUCGUUUCUGUGUCAGGGACUCCUGAACCUGCCUUCCCAAGAAGCCGAGGGAGGGCUGCUGCUUGUUGAGGCAGGGUGGAGGCUCUCCAGGUGGGAAGGGGAGGUCUCCUUGGAGGUUGUUGUGGGAGUGUGGAAGCGUGCAAAGAGGAGAGAGGUGGAGAUGAUGAGACUCCAGGCCUUAAAGUUCUCAGUUUAAAAAGAAAAAUAAGUUUUUUGCUGCUUCCCAGACUUGAGGUUUGGGUUUCUUUUAAUUAUGUCUCUGGAGCACGCUCUGAAACCCACUUCUCGUGUAUCUGUUGAACCAAUGUGCUCUUUCAAGACAUCCCCAUUCCUGGGGAGGUGGGCUUGAACUUGUGCUUUUCCCGCUCCCUUCCCUCGCGCUGAGAUGAAGCACUUCAGCCCUCUUGUCCUUGUGCUGCCAGUGAGCCUUUGCAGAGGCAGGGGACUGUCCCAGGGAGAUGGGGGCUGUCCCGAGGGGACAGCUGCUGCCCAGAGCAGGGAGGGACAUGGUCCUGACCUUGUGCCCAACGUGGGUUCCCGAGCAGGCUGCUUGUUACCAUCCAGCUGUGACCACUGUGGCGCUGGGUGAGGAGAGCAGAGCCUGGGUCACUUCCCCCAAACCAGCACCAGUAGUCUCAACCCCUGCAGGUUUCCAGACUUGGACAAGUUGCUGAGGAAUGGCUGAGCUGUUGGGUUUCCCUUUUUUCUUUUUUUAUUUGUUUGGGGUUUUUUUGUUUGCUUUUUUUAACCCCUCACUUAAGGGACGUUACCACUGCCACCCCGUCCUUCUCCCCGGGAGUGUGCUGCUGGGGGCCAGCCCACUCGCCACACUGGAUUUGAGGGGUGCGGGACCCAAUGCAGUUGUCCCCCACCAUCCCCACAUUUGGCAAAGCCACCUGUGAAUCGCUGCCAGGGGACAUCGUGGUCCCCCAGGGCCCAGGGAGGGAGGUGGGGGUGCCCCCCAGCCACCUGCUUAUGUGUGUGAAGCUUCGAUGCCGCUUAUACCCUGCCACACGUAAUUAUACCUGCUUUAAAAAUAGUGGUGUGAGUGAAAGGAGGAGGGACCAACCUCUUUGUAUCUUAAAAGGAAAAAAGCGUGCUUCAGAAACGUUCCUCCAGUGUCGGGCAGCAAUGGAAACUAACGGCCUUUUCGGGUCUUUUCUAGUCUUGGAUGUAGGCGUUCAGCUUCAAUUUUAUUUUUUAAAAACCUGCACUAAUUUACCUGGUUUCUUAGGAAGAGAAGAGAGAAAAUUUUUUUUAACUUUUAUUUUUUAUGGGUUUGUGUUCUUUUUGUUGAUGUCCGUUUGUAUUGAAUAAUUUGCUACAUUUGUAAAAUGUAAGAGGUAUAUAUAAUAUAUGUAUAUUUCUAACGUAAAAAAAGAAAAAACUGUAAUUUUUUUCUUUUCAAGAUUUUUUCUUAAAAAGAGGAGAGAAAAAAAAUAUUUUUUCAGGAAAAAAACUUUAAAAAAAAAAAAGUGGUGAAGAUUCCGUUCUCCCCACUCAGCUCCCUCCUUUCCCGCCCGCCCCUCUCCAGCAGCGAACCGCCGGUUGCCUUGUGAGAGAGAAUGAGUGAAAGAGGACAGAGGUCUGUAUGUCUGUCUCCUGAGCCAGAGGGUUUCUGUGUGUGCUCUGCUUGGGUUUCUUUCUGAGAGGGGGGAAUCGGGGGGUUGCUGUUUUGUUUUGUUUUUCUUUUAAUUUUUUGUUUGUUUGUUUUUCUUUAGCGAAGGAGGAAUACAAUCAGAGUUUUGUAUUCAGAAUGUUGUGCAAUAUUUUGGAACGGGACAUUGGUGUGUCUAGAGAUUUAGUUAAAACAAAAACGACAAAAAAAAAAAAAACAAAAAAAGGUUGAUCAAAUCUGUACAGUUUCUAUUGUUCCAGAUUUUUUUAAGUUUGUAUUAAAAGCAUGAGAUAAUAA